GACAAACCUGGGACUGUGUGUGAAAACGGUCCAAGUCCUUCUGCCAAAAAAACUUUCCAUGCACGGAUAGGCGCUGGCGCAUCCCCGGAAUCAGCUGCAUCCAAAACAACAGCAACAACAAAACAAAACAGGAACUUCACACUCCCAGUAGCGUUGAUUAUUAGUCAUCUAAAAGUGGAAUAUAAGUCCCCAGAAGGGUAUUCUGGAAAUCGGGUUUGUGGAAGGAGAGGAUGGACCGAGCGUCAAGCUCCAGCCCCACGGGUCAGACAUCUCAGCCUGGCCAACACGAAACCAUCAGCUUCGGCAUCGAUCAGAUCCUCAGUGGCGGAGAGCCAGAGAGCCAAAAACAACGACAACAACAACAACAGCAGCAGCAACAACAACAGCAACAACAACAACAGAACUCGACACAGAGCAGUCCGGACAGCGCACACGGUCACCGAGCGGCCAGCCCGAGUCCCUACCCUGCUCUCUCGGGCGCGUUUCACGGUUUGGCCGCUCAGUAUGAUGACUCCGGUGCGUACGGGCCGAACUUCGCCCUGGCGCCCGGCGGUGUGAUCAGAGUCCCGGCGCACAGACCGCUCACCGCCGCCGUGCCGCCUACUGUCCCCGCGCUCAGCGGCAUCGGCUUCCCCUGGAUGGAGAGCAGCCAGCGCUUCGCCAAGGACCGCUUUGCAGCGGCCCUGACGCCCUUCACCGUGGUCGCGCGGCGGAUCGGUCACCCGUACCAGAACCGGACGCCGCCCAAGCGGAAGAAGCCGCGCACGUCAUUCUCGCGCGCGCAGAUAUGCGAGCUGGAGAAGCGCUUCCACCGACAGAAGUACCUGGCCAGCGCCGAGCGCGCGGCUCUAGCCAAGACCCUGAAGAUGACCGACGCGCAGGUCAAAACGUGGUUCCAGAACCGGAGGACCAAAUGGAGACGGCAGACGGCGGAGGAGCGCGAGGCCGAGCGACAGCAGGCCAACCGUCUGAUGAUGCAGCUUCAGCACGACGCUUUCCACAAGUCUCUGAGCGAUCCGCUGCCGGCCGACCCGCUGUGCAUGCACAACUCCUCCCUGUUCGCCCUGCACAACCUGCAGCCGUGGGCCAGCGACGAGGGCGCCAAGCUCACUGCGCUGGCAUGAGACGCCCGCAAUACAAACACCCUGUAUUACCC